CACUGCAUUCACUGUUCUUACUUGGCCCAACUAGUUGGCCCAACGUGUACUGGAGCCACGCUAAAACGACAAAGACCUUAGACAAGGAAAAAAGAGUUUUCUCUCUUUCCUUGUCUAAGACAAAAACAAACGACAAACUAACCAACAAAUCACACAACACUUUUUUCUAUGAAACUAACGUUUUGUUUUGUUUACUUGGUUUGGAUUUCCGUGAGCCAGGAAAUAUUUUUAUUAAAUACAAAAACAAAAUAAAGUUUAAUCAAAUGGAAUCAGAAUUAAAACAAGAACUUGAUGAAAUGUCCUGUAAAAUUGAAAUGGAUAUAGAUCCUGAUGGAGUAACCCAUGCCAUUUUUGAUACCAUUAAAACUGAAAUUAUUGAGGAACCCAAGAGAGAAAGUACACAUGAUGCAUUUGAAUAUGUGGAUCUAAAGGAAAAUUUUAUAAAGACUGAAAUACAGCAAGAUGACCAUAAAUUAUUUGAAGAAGAACAAAAAAUCCAAACAAGACUAAAAAAAAGAAAAAUCAGUGGCAUGUGGCAAUUUUUUGAAAUGGUGGACGAAACGUAUGCUUCCUGUAAUAUUUGCAAAAAUAAUAUUUCGUAUAAAACAUCAAUAAGUAAUUUAAAAAAACACAUGCAAAAGAAGCAUCCCACCACUGCAUUACCAGAAAGCUCAAGAAAGGAUAUUCAAAUUGCCAGUUCAUCAUACCAAUGCGAUCAACCUGGAAGUUCAAAGGACAUGGAUAAUCUACAAAUUCCAAGUUCGUCAACAAUAUCUUCAGAAAUUAAGGAAGUAUCAUCUUCAACUACUAUAGAACGUACUUAUGGACAAACAAAAUUAACAUCCUAUAUAGAAAGGAAAACAGUCUGUAAGAAUAAGGAAGAGACAGACAACGCAUUAAUGUUACUAUUUAUUUAUGACCUACAACCAUUCCGUAUGGUUGAAAGUGAGGCUUUUAGGGAAUUGACCUUUGGCUUAAAUCCCAAUUAUACCCUACCAGACAGAAAAACAAUUUCCAAAAUAAUGAUUCCACAUUUAUAUGAACAGUGUAUGACUAAAGUAAAGACUUUACUAGAACAAGGAUCGACAUUUUGCAUUACAACAGACUGCUGGACUUCAAGAAUAUAUGAAACUAGUUAUAUAGGUGUUACAGUUCAUUUCUUAACGGAAGAUUUCAAACUGAUUUCAGUACUCUUAGAGUGCGGUGUUUUAGACAUGUUACAUACAUCAGAAGAUUUAGCUACCGAGUUAUUAAGAAUCGCCGUUGAAUGGAAUAUUCAAAAUAAAAUUUUACUAGCCGUCUCAGACAAUGCCGAAAAUAUAACAAAUGCAAUUGUUGGAUUUAGAGAGUGGAGACAUCUCGAAUGUUUUGCACACACGAUAAAUUUAAUAGUUGAAGAUGGUUUAAAAUGUGAUACAAUAACUGAAUUAUUAAACAAAGUAAGGGAGAUUGCUGAACAUUUUGAGUGCAGUUACGAAUCAAGUGAAAAAUUAUCUGCAUACCAAACAAACGCUGGAACAGCUGUUAUUGAACUUGUAGAAGAUACUCCUACGAGGUGGAAUUCAACAUAUGACAUGUUACGAAAAUUUUUAGAAAUUGAAGAUGCACUAAAAAGUACCUUGGCGCUUAUAGAUGAACAGUUGCCAAUACUGACACACUCAGACUGGAAAGUAAUUAAAGAUUUGUGUAGGGUAUUAAAGCCAUUUGAAGAUGCUACCAAAUAUAUCAGUGGUGAAUUGUAUUGCAGUGGAUCGGUAGUAAUUCCAAUUUCAGUAGGUCUUAGAUCUGUAUUUCAAAAUUUAACAAAAAAAGAUAAUUUGGAACAUCCAGUGAAGGAAGUAACACAAUUGAUGUUUAAUAGUAUAUCAGAACGACUUGCCAAUGUAGAAGAUAGCGAAAUAUUAUUAUCCAGUACUUUUCUUGAUCCUAGAUUUAAAGUUUUUGCAUUUUCUAACGAUUCGGUUGCAGAAUAUGCUAAAACUUUAAUAACAUCUGCUAUUACAAAAUUGCACGAAUCUAAUGAAGAGUCCAGGCUAAUAAAUCUUCAAUCAUCUCCAGAAAAAGGCCACGAGGAGUUGUCGCUAUGGAGUUCUUUUGAUUGCGAUGUUUCUUCUGUUCGACCAACACCUACAUCCAGGGCAAUAAUAGAAAUUGAAAGAUAUUUGGGAGAUAAAAUAUUGCCAAGAUCUGACGAUCCACUUAAUUGGUGGCGAAAUCACAAGCAUAUUUACCCAUACUUAUCUGUUAUAGCCAGAGAAAAAUUAUGUGCUGUAGGUUCAUCGGUACCUUGUGAAAGACUUUUCUCUGAAGCAGGAGAAAUUAUGAAUGACAGAAGGAGUAUGUUGAGUACCAGGAAGACACAACUAUUAAUAUUUUUAAACGCCAAUUAUAAAUAUUUGUAACUGAUAAAAUUUGUUUUAAUUUUUAUGUCUUAAUAUAAUAUUUCUUAACAAU